AUGCAAUGGAACUGCAAGUGUUGGAAAGGGCGAUGGCUUUGCGUGCUUUUAAUGUUGGUGUUGUGCCCUCUCAUAUUGUGCCAGAAAAUCGGUGACCCAUAUCAAAUACUGGGUAUACAUCGUCGAGCAACAUUGCCUGAAAUACGCAAGGCGUAUAGGCAAUUGGCGAAAGAAUGGCACCCAGACAAGAAUGAGGAUACAAAUGCUGAAUCUCGGUUUGUUGAGAUCAAGCAAGCAUAUGAACUGCUAUCAGACGCAGAGCGCAGACAGGCAUAUGAUUUAUAUGGCAUCACCAAUGAAGAUGACCAUAUGUACAAGCAAAGACAUGACUAUAGUCAGUAUGCAAGGUUUAGCAAUGAUCCAUUUGAUUUCUUCAGUGCCCAUUUUCGUUCACAAGACCAAGAUAUAACAUUGUUCCACAAAUUGUCUGUUACUACCAGACAUUUUGAAAACAAUAUACUCGAAAAGAGUGUCAACACACCAGCUCUGGUGCUGUUCUAUACAGACUGGUGCUUUGACUGUGUCCGAUCGGCGUCUUCGUGGAGAAAACUGGUAGAAGCCCUUCAGCCACUGGGAGUCACCCUGGCGACAGUCCAUGCCGGCCAUGAAGCUAGCUUAGCUAGAAGACUUGGGGUGCAUGGAGUACCUUGUCUGACAUUUGUGUUGGAUAAACAGAUCUAUAUUUAUAAGGACAGUUUAACAUCAUUGCCAAAGGUGUUAGAAUACAUACGUUGGAAGUUCCCAUACAGACUGAUACAUAAUUUGAACGAUGGCAAUGCGGACGCAUUUUUGAACGACUUCGAGGACAAUAAAGUGAAAGCUCUGAUAUUUGAGGAAAGACAUUUGAUUAGACUGCGAUAUCUGAUCACCGCUUUUCAUUAUCGGGACUGGGUGUCGUUUGCUUUCGUCGACAUAUCAGCCCAGAACACACAAAACUUAACUGCUAGAUACAAAGUGCAGAGGAAUAUGGAUACAAUGGUUCUAUUAAAGGAAGAUUCAUCUGAAGCCGCCGCCACAGUCAGCACCACAGAGAUAGCGACACAGACUCUCACACAACUCAUAGAAGCUAAUCAGAUAUUGACCUUGCCUCGACUCUCUUCUCAGAGCGUUCUAGACACGGUAUGUCCAGUGGAGUGGCGUGCCGCCCGGCGUCGUCUAUGUUGCGUUAUAAUAACACGUGACUCGCACGUGCUACGAGACCUACGUCCGCUCGCCAAGCGUGCGCCCGAGCGACUGAGAUACGCGUACUUGUAUGCGCAUAAGCAACCGGAAUUUGUUACUGCAUUGGCCAAUGUUUCCGGUAUAGACCUCUCGUCAAUAGAACACCGCAUUGUGGUAAUAUGGCGGCGUGAAGCGACGAGAGUUCAAUUUGAGUGGUUAAACGAAUCUUGGCCGAGUUGUGCCAGGUGUGAUGAUGACCCGACAUACCAACAGAGGCUUAAUGAGACCACGAUAGCGUUGGAACAGCUGGUCAAAAGGCUGCUCAAACCCAAUGAAGUGGUGGCUUAUGAAGCAAGAGUACAAGAAUUACUAGACGAAGCGGCAAAAAGUGCGAUAUGGCGAGCGUUUCUCAAAGUAGGGGAGUGGAGCGAAAGGACAAUCCUUGCUUUGAGGACUCAGCACGCGAUAUCAGCCAUAUCCGUACUAGCCACUGUCGUAUUGGUACUUGCCAUUGGAUAUUUGAUGGCGUAUCUUAUUCGCGUAGAAGAAGAGUCUGUACAACGUCAAAAACAGGAGAGACGCGACCAAAAUGGCGGCAAAAAGGAAACAAAACCAGAGAUGAGAAUGCACGAACUCAGAGCUGAGAAGUAUAAUGGACUUGUCAGACUACAGAAGCCGGGUUGCCGGACGAUUGUCUUAUUGGUGGACAUGCAGAGUCGUGUGCAGCUCUUGUCCAAAUUUCAUAAAAUCGUUUGGCCUUAUCGCAAGAACAAAACACUAGUGUUCGCGUAUCUGUGCGUGGAGCGGGGCGUGGAAUGGUUCAGGCGGGUGUUGGAGCUGUCCCUCGGCGGAGGUGCUUUGAGGGUGAAUGCUCGCAACUGCGUGGGAACAGUCCUGGCCCUGAACCCGCACAGGAAGUACUUCUGUAUCUACCACGCGAAACAUCCGGAGUGUGCUAAGCCACAUAAGCGAAUGAGUCGUAUGACCCGUUCCCUUGGCGGUGGCGACAUCGACCCGGAGGCUGGGGCCUUCAUUGGAUUCACAACUGACCCGGAUUCCUCUGAUGAAGACUCGUACGACCCGCCCGUACUCUUGCAAGAAAAUCUCCUCGAUGGUCUGGAGAAUUGGUUGGAUCGUCUCUUCGAAGGCAGCACACAUCGGUACUACAUCAACUAUUGGCCUGACAUGACAACCAAGUGA